CAGAAAUGUCAAUUCGAUUUUGACAAGUAUCGAAGUUGAAUUCCUGUGUAGAACAAUGCAUUUUGUUUUAUUUUUCCUAAUCAUCUUAUAAUAUUCAGCAUAAUAGGCUGUUAUUUCUUCUGCAUAUAAUAAGCGUCUAAAACUGCGCGAUAAAAUGGUUUAUUUAUAACCAGACACGAGUUUUUCUUGUUUUUUUUUUGUGUGAAUAUUGUUUUUUGCUGCACUCAUCUAAUAAAAUGUUUGGAAGGCCAAGAUGCAGGGAGUGGACACCGUUAACAACCCAGCAACUUCGCCUACGCAGCUUGAUUCAGAUUGUAGGAUACAACAUAAGGCCACCAGAGUGGUGUACGCAUCAAUGUAGCUACUACCUAACUUUACACCAUACAACGAUGUCUGCUCCAUUUUACACCAGUGAAAGGAUAUGCUCACCACACCCUAAAUGGAAGGAGAUUGAUUCUGAAAUAACUCAGCGCAUGUCCUCCACAAACAUAGUGAUAAGGAUAUGGUGUCACGUCCUCUUACCGCCGGCGAAGGACGAAGAAGAGAAGUCUGGACAAAUGCAAGACACAGUCAUUCAAACUUGGGGUAUAUACUUCAGUGGGCUAAGAUACAUCGGGGCCAAUUUAUCCUUGAACUUCACUUCAGACUGCUUCAAAAGCAAUACUUUAGUGUUUCAAAUGCAUGGAGGGUACUUCUGUUCAUACAAAAGUUUGAAAUUAGAUGUAAUACCACCAGAGAAUGAGCUAGAACAAGGAUCCCUAUCGUCCGAUUCGUCAGGCAAGACGAGCUGUUUCAAAAUCACCUUAGAACCAAAAGUUAUACAGAACUAUAAACUUAUGAAGGAAUCUAGAUCGGUUUCGCCCGGGCGGUUCUCGAAAAUCCCCGAAAAGGAGUAUUCGAAAAGCCAAAGCCCAGUCGAAAGAGGUUUUAAACAAAAUAUUCCUACACUAAGAAAUUCUUCGAGUUUAACCACGUCGCUAAGUCAUAGAGAAAGGAGGGAUGAUAAUUUAAGUCAUAGAGAUAGUAGCAGAGAUGAGAGUGUAGAAAGGAAAAAGGCGGAAGUUAACCCUAACCAUAUUUACGAACAUUCACCGGACAAUGUCGAUAUCAGAGAGUUUUCGUCUGCCGAACUGAACUGUGAUAUUUCUGCUUCCCAAGAGGAGCUAUCGAAUAAAAUCGAUUUAAGCGAAACAGCGGAGAGUUACGACUUAAGAAACGAAUCGGAUGUGCCAAAGUAUAGAUAUUUGGCGAUAAAUUUCCUCAAAUCUGAAAUCAGACCUAGUUACAACGCGACCAAACUUCAAAACCUCCACUUACUUCAAUACUCGAUAAAGAAACGCCAAGAGGCUGUCCAAGAAAUAAAAGAAAGGAUAUAUCAAAAGUCUGCGUUAACACAAAGUUUAUCACCAGAGUUUGAGAUUAAAUUGAAAGGUAAAAGUAGGUCGUAUCGUAAUUUAUUUUCGCCCGAAGAAGACGAUGCGUUGAGGAGAGAAAAGUCAUCGUCACAAAGUGACUUGACGGUCAAGAACGGCAGAGUGAAAGAAGAUAGGAUACCCAUAUCAAAUGGUCCACGAUUAGCCUUGAAGUUGAAUGAUCUUUUGUCUUACAAGUCUAAACCUUCACCCUUUCAAAGGGCAGAGUACCUCAGACUAACGAAGCAAUUAGAGAUCCUACAUUUCAAAAGGCUCAUACUUUCCGACGAGAGAGAUAGCAAGUUGGCAAAUAUAAGGAGGCUGAAAGAGCAACAUGCUAAACUGUUUGAAGAGAACCAGGAUGUUGGUUCGGAACUGAUGCAAAACUACCACGCGUUGUCCCGUAGAACGGAACAACUGAAGGAAACAAGGGAGUCUUGCUACGCUCUGAGGGAGUUAGCUGCAAGAUCCCACGCUGCCUUGGGUAGCCAUAGGACCAAUUUGUUGAUGGACUUACACAGCAUAUUUUAUAUAGAACAGAAAGACCCAACAGUCUGGUCAAUAUGCGACAUUCCCCUCCCGAUCUGCGGCGACGACAGCCCCCGGGCAUCGAACCCCGUCCCCGACUCGGUGGCCGCUGGUUUCGUGGCGCAGGCUACAUCACUCGCGGCCGCCAUCUUGAAUCAGCCGCUGAGAUACAAGAUCACAUUACUAGGCUCCGCGAGUAAGAUACUGGAUAUCAUUCCGGACUUGCCUGAUCCCAAUAUACCCCUCUUUGGGCGGGGAGGUGACAUAACCCUUUUCCGAUACGCUUUGUUCUUGCUGAAUAAGUGCAUAGCUCAAUUGCUGUGGGGGAGAGGUCUCAGUGUUUACGACAUGAGGCCAACAUUGGCCAACCUGCAGCGACUGUUGACCACGCCGAACAAUUUAUCAGACACAUCAAAGUUAUUCGGAACAUAUCGUUGGCUUGAGGACAGCCAGUGCGCGCGAACGCAGUCUCUACGUAACCUCGUCCCUUCGGAGAGGAAAUAUAGACAGUUCAAUAGAUUUAAGGAAUGCGUAGAUUCUCACACUCCACACAAAGGUUUCAAUCGAAGACACAAACAUUCCCGAAGUGUGGGCAGCUAUCAUGAUGAUCAGGACCUGUCAGCCUUAAACGACUCAACACUGUCGAUAAUGGGUUCAGAAUCGAAUAUCUACGAUAUGAAGCUAGCCAAAUCCGACUGUUCCCAGAACCUCAAGCAACAUAAUUCCGAUUCUGAGAUCACCAAAAUCGAUUCCAGACUCGAUUCGGAAAGAGUUCAAUUCACCCUUGGUGACGACACAGAGUUGGACGAAAAGUUGGUACGUCUUUCGACGAACAACGACGACGAGGUGACGUGUUCGACGUGUUUAGACGAAAACGUCAAACGCAUAUGCUCCGAGAUCAACAGCUUCUGUUCGAACACGACGAAAAGUAGUUUUGAAUCGCCGAAAAGUGAUAUAGACAUAGCGAAAUAUAUGGAGAGGAAAGCCAGUGUUGAGGUUAGCGACUGUGAAAAUUGUGAUAGUGUCAAAUGUGACUUGGCGUGCGCGAAUAACAUUCAGGACGUCAUUGUUAUACCUAGUGCGGAGGCCAUCUUGGAAAUUCAGGAUUUGAAUUUGGAAGAUGACGUUUAACGGUCGAAAGUGGUAUCUGUACCAUCAGUAUAAGAUUUUACUUAGAAUAUUGAUAGUACAGCCCAACAAGGCUCUCUUGGCACUUGAGUGACGGCGCUGUUGUAGCUUUAUGCCGACACAGCGAACUAUCAACAAGUGCACUUCUCAAGACGGCGGCUUUAGUUCCCAUUUUGGCCACGCGCCAAAAGAGCCUUGUCGGACUGUAUUUGAGAGUCGAAACACUUUAGUGUUAAUGUAAAAUGGCCUUAACUACCUUGUAUUAAUGUUCAAGUUUGUACAUAUAUUUACAGCCAGCGCCCCAAGCGGCAACGUUGCGAAAUUACAAUCAAUGGUACUGAAUUUUUGACUUUAAAUCAAGAUUAUUUAGGUCCAUUUUACUUUAACUGUAUUUUGUUUCGACUCUCGAAUAUUAUCAAAAUUGGUGAGAAGUAAAAUCUUUUACUGAGGGUACUGAUUGUGAGCGUAACUAAAUUUUCGAGUAUUCACAUCUUUUUCUUACCAAUGUAAUAAGAAAAGGACAGAUAAAACUAAUUUGAUUUAAAACUGUCAAACCUCAUCACUUUGCGUGCGAGUCGUGAGCCUAUUGUUUUUGUAGGGUAGUAUUUUAAAAUUCAUUGCCCGUCCUUUUUUAGCAAUAUUAAAAAGAAAAAGAUGCAGAUACUCUAAAUUUAACUCUAAACAUCAGAAUCAACGCCAUUGUCAGAUUUACAGGCUCUGCCAAGCAAGUGCGAAUUACCGACCGGUAAUAGUGUUAUUUAUUACCGACUAGCUUUUGCCCGCUACCUCGUCUGCGUAGGGCGCGUAUAACCUACUAGUUGAUAUAGUGCGUUUCAUCGAAUAGUACCUAUGGCGUUAUGUUGGCUCCCCUGUCUGUUGGGUGGUCAUUGGCA